UUGACGAACAGUUUUGUGGAUGAGGGUAAGGAGCCCAUAAUUGUCUGUUUCACCUGUCAUGCAAGACUCGUUCGAUGCAGGAGAUUGCAACAACAGGCUAUUGAGUCAAAUGCAAUUCUGGAGCAGUUGCGUGCAGGAGGGUCCAUGGUAAUACCAAAAUCACAUGAGGCUAGAGAUAAGAUUCAAUUCACACCGAUUCAUAAUGUAGAUAUCUGGCCAGUAGAGUGUGGUAUAGAAAAUGAUUGUAAUGAUGAAAUUUUUAGACUUGAAUCUGUUAAAGUUGAGGUAGAGAGUUUCGAAUAUGAGAAUUCCAAAUUUGAAGUAAAUGGGAAUCAUGAGAACGAUACUGAUGGAAAACAAGAAGACUUGGAGAUUGAUGCUUUUGAAGAUCGACAUGAGGAUUCGGAGAACGACUUGCCACUAAUUUCAUUAGGUGUAAAGAGUAAAACAGAUGACGUUGACUUAGAACAGCCCUGCAUACAAACAAAUAUUUUUUCAAAACCGUAUGUAUUAGAAAAAGUGGUUUGCAAACACAUAUGA